GGGUACUGUCAUGAACCAAGCGGCAGAUUGCCUACAGAACCCUCUGGAACCCUGCGUAACUCCAUGGAUCCUCAGAGAACCCUCUGGAACCCCAUGGAACGUCCUAGAACUCUACAGAACCUGACAGAAGCGUACGGAACUGUGCAGAAGGUUACAGAACCUCACAGAUCCGCCUGGAACAUUCUACCAGGUUGCAUCUGUUUCCACUACCUUCCAUCCCCUUCCAUGAGCUUCCCUCACAGAACACUGUAGAACCUGCGUUGCGUCUUCCCUGCUCUGCCCUCUAAGGUAUAUAAGGAGGGCCUCCCCCACUCCCACAUGUAGAUAGUCAGUUCUGAUCUUGCAUUGUCACACCCUCCUCUCC